GAGCCCUAGCCCGAGGCUGACAGCCACCGUCCCAUGGCCGGGUCCCCACGCCGCGCCGGGAGCCGGCGACUGCAGCUGCCCCUGCUGUGUCUCCUCCUCCAGGGCGCCACCGCCAUACUCUUUGCGGUCUUUGUCCGCUACAACCACGAAACCGACGCUGCCCUCUGGCACUGGGGCAAUCACACUAACGCCGACAAUGAAUUUUACUUUCGUUACCCAAGCUUCCAGGACGUGCACACCAUGGUCUUCGUGGGGUUCGGCUUCCUCAUGGCCUUCCUGCAGCGCUACGGCUUCAGCAGCGUGGGCUUCACCUUCCUCCUGGCUGCCUUUGCCCUGCAGUGGGCCACCCUCGUCCAGGGCUUCUUCCAUUCCUUCCACGGCGGCCACAUCCAUGUUGGCGUGGAGAGCAUGAUCAACGCUGACUUCUGUGCUGGGGCCGUGCUCAUCUCCUUUGGGGCCGUGCUGGGCAAGACGGGGCCAGCGCAGCUGCUGCUCAUGGCCCUGCUGGAGGUGGCACUCUUUGGUAUCAACGAGUAUGUGCUCCUCAAUGUCCUGGGGGUGAGGGACGCAGGGGGCUCCAUGACUAUUCACACCUUUGGUGCCUACUUCGGGCUGGUCCUCUCCCGGGUCCUCUACAGGCCCCAGCUGGAGAAGAGCAAGCAUCGCCAGGGCUCUGUCUACCAUUCGGACCUGUUUGCCAUGAUUGGGACCAUCUUCCUGUGGAUCUUCUGGCCAAGCUUCAACUCUGCACCGACCACUCUGGGGGACGGGCAGCACCGGACAGCCCUCAACACUUAUUACUCCCUGACGGCGAGCACCCUCAGCACCUUCGCUUUGUCAGCCCUUGUCGGGGGGGAUGGGCGGCUGGAUAUGGUCCAUAUCCAGAAUGCAGCGCUGGCUGGAGGGGUGGUGGUGGGGACGGCAGGAGAAAUGAUGCUGACACCGUUUGGGGCGCUUGUAGCUGGUUUCCUGGCUGGGACUGUCUCCACACUGGGGUACAAGUUCUUCACGCCCAUCCUGGAGUCAAAAUUCAAAGUCCAAGACACAUGUGGCGUUCACAACCUCCAUGGGAUGCCAGGGAUCCUGGGUGCCCUCCUGGGGGUCCUUGUAGCCUGGCUGGCCACCCAUGACGUUUACGGAGAUGGCCUGGAGACCGUGUUCCCGCUCAUAGCUGAGGGACAGCGCAGCGCCAAGUCUCAGGCCGUGUACCAGCUCUUCGGGCUGUUCGUCACACUCAUGUUUGCCUCUGUGGGUGGGGGAUUUGGAGGACUCCUGCUGAAGCUGCCCUUCCUGGGCUCCCCACCGGACUCCCAGUGCUAUGAGGACCAGAUUUACUGGGAGGUGCCUGGGGAGCAUGAGGAUGAGGCCCAGGGACCCCUGAGGGCUGAGGAACCAGAUACUCGGGCCUAACUUGCUUCCAGCCCCCGAGAGGACACUCUCCUUUUAGAAGAUGAUGAUUGGCUAUUGAUGAACUUCUGGGAAGCUCUUCUUUUCUAGCUCACUUUCCUCCUGCUACAAAAAAGAAGCCAUGAGCUAGAAGAGGCUUCCUUUCUAUAGGCACAAUUGGGGGAGGGGCCUUAGAAGACUGGGGAGACAUGGGGAGGUGUAGAGGAGCAGGGCCAUAGGUGGCUGUGGUCAGGGGGAGAACCUCACCAUAACCGCAUGCCACCACCCCACCAACCCGUGAAUGUGGGUAGAAGGGGACACAGAUGAGGCACCCAAUGAGUUCUGACCCCACAGAGCCAGCACCACACAGUCACUGUGAGCUCUGAGCCAGGGCCUGGCUCUAAGGGUGAUAAACUCCACUUCACCAAGGUCUCUGAAUCCUCUUUCUGUGC